AUGGCUACCGGAGGAAUGGAUGAAUACAUUGAGGAAUGUGGUAGUGACAUCGACGGCGGAAGAAUCGGGAGCAAGUGUGAACCUUGUCGUCGUCGGGACAGGUCAGAGGUGGCUUCGUUGUUCUGUAAUACAUGCAAGGAAUAUCUAUGCGAUGACUGCUGUGAUGGACACAAGCUAUACAUGAAAAACGUAGAUGGACAUCAUAUCAUUGCUGCUCAUGAAGCCUGUGUCAAGCCAGAUGUCGAUAUGAAUGGACUGGAUCAGUGUAUCGAACAUAAACGCGUGUUCAUGUUUCACUGUGCUGACCACGAAGAUUUGUGUUGUGAAAUAUGUGCCUUUUCUCGUCAUCGUAGAUGCGAUAAUAUUCACGAAAUAGCGAAGGUGGCUAAGAAUGUGAAAGAUGAUGAAAGGGAAAAGAUACGUGCAUCCAUUAUUACUGCCUCAGAAGUAAUAAUGAAAUGCGAGGAAAAUCAAUUGAACAACGUUUCGCGAGUGGAAGAAAUCAUACAAGAAAUUGAUAUUUACAAUGAAGGUAUUUUGACGAAAAUUGAGGAAGCCAAGGCGCGAAUUGUCAGCGAAAUGACUAACCAUAACACACAGGAAUCAGAACGUCUAAAUACGAGGAGAAAUGCGGCUGAAAAACUGAAGAAAGAACUUGGCACACACUUGGCAAUGUCCGAUAGCGUUCGCGAUAAUGGAAUGGAAACGGAAAUAUUCAUUCUAAACCAUAUUCUCAAAAGGGCGCAAGACAAGGCAGCACAAUCACUGAACACUUUGUUGAAGAAUGAUUACACCGUCAAAAUGGGACUAACAAUCAACGAAAUUAUUUUAAAAAUAAAAAGUACUGAUUUCGCAUUAUUCUCAUUAAGCAAAACACAAGAGCCAAACAAACACUCAUUAAAUGGACACGGUGUUACCAAUGCAGUAAAAAGCUCUACAGACGAGCAACAAACAAACCAACAAAGGCCGGUGAGUCUUGAGCUGUUGAAAACCAUGGAGGUCGUGAAGACAGGAGACGACAAUACGGCACCGUUUGUUACUGGGCUUGACUUCCUGCCGGACGGGAGGGUAGUCGCCGUGGAUCACUACAACUGCAAAUGUUUUAUUUUGAGUGACACAUUGAAGAGGCUCGUCACAUUUGAUAAAUUUAAGACAUAUCCUAAGGACGUAAUUUCUUACUCUGAUGACAAUAUUGCAGUAACCUUUAAUGACCAAACUAUCUGCCUGCUGACAGUAGACAGGCAUAACACGAUCACGCUGAUGAAUACGCUGACAACGUCCGCCUACUGCGACUCCAUCUGUCCCCUGAACGACCGCGCGUUCGUGGUAAGCACUUGGGACGACCCACGGCCGGCCAGGAUGAUUGACGUGGACGGCAAGGAGAGCGACUUUGACAACGUGAAGUUUCCUGGAAAGACGUAUAAGCUUGGUGAAAGUAAAUGUACCUACAUACCAUCCCGCGAUACGCUUGUUCUUAUUGACAGGUUUGCUCACACAGUUUACAUGUAUAACACCGUAUCCGGCAAGGGCGAGGAGGUUAAAGAUGACCGGAUACGAGAACCGGCAGGCGCAUGUGCUGGCCCAGAUGCCUCCGUGUUUGUCUGCAGUAUGAACACAAACUCCGUCAUCCAGAUACCACCCGACGCGGACAUAUUGGCGUCAUGUGACGUGGACAUGAAGUAUCCGUACGCCGUUGCCGUCUCCAGAGAUGGCUCGAGAAUGGCCGUGAGCAACAGUGUGAAUGGCGUGUCACCAAUGACGCGUGUGGACAAGGCGGACAACAUGGAGCUCACCGUGUUCCAUAUGAAGCGGCUCCAGCAUCAGCAAAGGGCAGUCCAUGUCGCCAACGAAGCCACAGAAGCCGCCUCAUCCGCAACCUCUUACCAGACCGGUUUCCUGGAUUGCUUACGGGAAGCUGUCGCAUACAGAGUAUCAGACGACGCUUGUGAUCCGGUAGUGGCGACCAUUGUGAGUGGACAUUUGAGGAGCGUCUAUGCGCAGAAGCAGAAUAGCAGUCAGGCUGCUUAA